ACUUUGACCUCCGGCUGUGCAUGCUGGAAAAUGGAAACUCAGUGAGGAAACGUGGAUAGUAAAAGCUUUCACUAAUAAUUAUUAAACUGAGCUUUGGCAGAGCGGUUCUGUCCCAUGUUUUGUUCCGAUCGGAUUCAUUAAUUUGACUCCUGAACGCAGCUCAACGAUGGGGAAGCCACAGAAGAAAAAGAGUCUUGCUGACAAGGUCCGCAAAACCAAGACCUCCACCGAGAUCAAAAACAACCCUUUUGAGGUGAAAAUCAACAGAAAGAAGUUUGAUGUUCUCGGCAGAAAAAGCAAACACGAUGUGGGUCUGCCAGGUGUAUCCAGAUCCAAAGCCAUCACUAAGAGGAAAGAGACCCUCCUGAAGGAAUACAAACAGAAGAACAAGUCCAGCAAAUUCAUUGACAGACGCUUUGGAGAGUAUGACACCAAGAUGGCACCAGAAGACAAAAUCCUACAGAGGUUCGCUAUGGAGAGACAGCGUACCCAUGAAAAGAAGGAUGUGUACAACCUAAAUGAGGAGGAAGAGCUGACUCAUUAUGGCCAGUCCUUGGCUGAAAUCGAAAAAUUCAAUGACACUGUGAAUAGUGACGAUGAAUCAGAAGAGAAAGGUCUUUUAUCAGCUGAGCUGACUGCCUCCCACUUUGGAGGAGGAGGAGGCCUGCUGAGGAAGAAAGCAUCAGGGGACCAGCAGGAGGAGGAAGGAAGCCAGAGGGCCAAGUCCAGGCAGGAGCUCAUUGAAGAGCUCAUCCAGAAGUCCAAGCAGGAGAAGAGGGAACGACAGGUGCAGAAAGAGGAGGCACAGGAGCUGACUGAGAAGCUGGAUCAGGAGUGGAAAAGCAUCCAGGCUCUGAUGGUGAAAAAGACGCCCAAAGCUGAACGUACCGACACACCGGAAGAGAAACCCAAACUGGAUGAAUAUGACAUGAUGGUCAGAGAGCUCGGCUUUGAGAUGAAGGCUCAGCCCUCAGAGAAAAUGAAAACCCCAGAGGAGCUCGCCAGGGAGGAGAGGGAGAAGCUGCAGAAACUGGAGGCUGACCGUCUGAGGAGGAUGAUGGGAGAUGAAGGCGGGGACAGUUUGCAGAGUCAAAUCCACAUAUCUGCUGAUGAUCUCAAUGAUGGCUUCAUCCUGGACAAACACGAUAAGAAGACUCUGGCUUAUCAGGAUGGAAAAUGGAACAUCGGGGAGGAACUGGAGGAAGAUAAGAAUGAAAAUGGAGAAGAGGAAGAGGAAUCUGAUGCAGAGGAGGAAAGUGAAGAUGGAGAUGAAGAUGAUGAAGAACAGGAAGAAGAAGAAGAGGAGGAGGAGGGCAGUGAAGAAGAAGAAGAUGGCCACUCAGACUUGGACUCUGAGCAAGGAAGCGAGAAUGAGGAGGGAGAACAGGAGGAUGAAGAGAUCAGUGCCAAACCAAAGAAGAGCCUCACUACAGAGGAAAUAAAGGCCCAGCAGGAGGCAGCUAAAGCAGAGCUCCCUUACACAUUUGCUGCCCCAGAGAGCUACAGCGACCUAAAAGAUUUGCUCCAUGGUCACACCCCUGACAACCAGCGCCUCAUUGUGGCCAGGACUCAGAAGUGCAACCACCCUAGUUUGGCUGUCGGCAAUAAACUCAAACUUCAGAAACUGUUUGGCUUUCUGUUGGAGUACAUUGGAGAAGUGGCCACCAGGAGUCCCCCUGAACUUACCACCAUAGAUAAGCUCAUACCUGAGUUGUACGCUCUGUGCCAGAUGUUUCCACAAGCAGCCUGUCAGGCCAUGCAGACUGUCCUCGGUGAUGCUGGUCACAGCAUGGAGGAAGUGGUUGAAGUCAAAGGGCAUGCUGCUUUCCCCACGCUAGACAUGCUCAUCUACUUGAAGGUGACAGCCCUGCUGUUUCCUACCUCAGACUUCAGACACCCAGUUACAACUCCAGCACUGCUUUACAUCAGCCAGACUCUCACUAAGUGUCCGGUGAGAUCAUUACAGGACGUGACAUCAGGUUUGUUCCUGUGCUGUCUGGCAGUGGAGUACAUCUCUUUUUCAAAGCGCUUCCUGCCAGAGCUCAUCAACUUUCUGUCUGGAACACUUCACCUGGCAGUGCAGGACAAGACUUCUUUAGGUUACACAGUGGUACCACCUUUCAGGCCAUCUGGGAAAUACAGUGACCUGCUGGUGUUGUCGGCCUCAGAGUCAUGCAAGAGCUGGAGCAAGAAAAGCCUGCCGAUGUCUGCAACCCAAAACCUGGAGCUAAACAAUGACCUGGACAGAGACAACCACAGGUUAAUGUUACUGUCUACUUGUCUAGACUUGGUGAAGAGAUGCUGCCUGCUUUACAAAGACCUCACGUCCUUUAAGCACAUCUUCCAGCCAAUUAGGACGCUUCUUUCCAAACAUCUUGCCAUUCAAACAUUACCAGAGCCCUUGCAGGAGCUUCACAGCAAGAUCUUGGAGACCAUCAGCAGCGCUCCUGUGACUCACAGACCGCUAGUUUUUGAGAAGAAGAAGCCGAUUCCUCUGAAGUUGCUCACACCUAAGAUAGUUGAAGUGUUGGACUACGGAAAGAAGCGUGGCAGCACCAGAGAGGAAAAAGAGAGGGAGCGAUUGAAGCACAAGUACAAGAAGGAGUUCAAGGGCGCUCUGAGGGAGAUCAGGAAGGACUCGCGCUUCUUGGCCAGAGAGAAACUCAACGAGGUCAUGAACAGGGAUGCAGAGAGAAAGAGAAAAGUGAAAGAGCUCUUUGGCAGCUUGGCCACUCAGGAGGGAGAGUGGAAAGCCCUGAAGAGAAAGAAGAAGAAGUGAAAUAUCGAUUCUCAGUCACCAGUUUCCUUCAUCACCUCUUCUUUUACGUAUGGACUUAUUCAGAUGAGCUGUGGAUAACUUGUACAAGGUUAAAAUUUGUAGAAUUAACUCUUUGUACUGCUUUUUUUUAAUCAUUAUCCUUCAGCUUCCCUGUUAAAGACACAUUUUCUGCUGUCUGAGAAGUUGCUGACGUGAUUCACUGUCAAAUGUGGCCGAUGUGGGCGUUUGACGUGACAAUUAGAUACUGUUGUUGGAGGUGUCAGUCAACAAAGCAGUGAAUAUUUUGAUGACAUUCUCCUUUUUAUUGCCACAGAAACCAUCAUGAUAAUGUGCUAAAAUACAGGAAGAAUACAAAACAUUAUCUUUAUUGUGUCAUAUGUCCUGUCGGCAAUGGAUAUAUUCUCCAGGAUUACUACAAUCAUGAUAAGAAUUCUAAUAAAGUCGCAGUCAAAUGCUUUGGGUA